CAACUAUAAAUUGAGUCUACUUUUUGACUCCUUCACCAUACCAAACCAACAAGCUCGCCUUUUUUUCUCUCUGAUUUCUCUCCCUCUGUCUCCUUCUCCUCUUCUGUAUCUCUCUCCUAUGUGCACUCUCAUUCACUAAUCAGUAUUCUGUGUCUCGCUUGCAAUGAAGCUUCUGCUAUGGAUUUCUCUGUUCCAGGUUCUCCAUAUUGCAUCUAUAAUCUGUGCGGAGGGGUUCGAUACACGAUUGCUUUUGACAUCCAAUGCCAAAUCUGGGGAAAGACGUUCUGAAGAAUAUUGUGCCAUGUAUGGUAUCUGUGGAGCACGUGAUGACGGGAAAGUACUGAAUUGUCCUCACGGUUCUCCGUCUGUGAAGCCAGAUGAUUUGCUUUCACAAAAGAUCCAAAGUUUGUGCCCAACAAUCACUGGCAAUGUGUGUUGCACAGAACCGCAGUUUGAGACAUUACGAUCACAAGUGCAGCCAGCCAUUCCUUUUCUUGUUGGCUGUCCAGCUUGCUUACGGAACUUUUUGAAUUUUUUCUGUGAGCUUACCUGCUCUCCACAUCAGAGUUUAUUUAUCAAUGUGACUUCUAUUUCCAAGGUUAAAAACAAUUUCACAGUGGAUGGAAUUGAUUUUUAUGUAGCAGAUGCUUUUGGUGAGGGGUUAUAUGAAUCUUGCAAGGAUGUAAAGUUUGGUACUAUGAAUACUCGAGCUCUAAACUUCAUUGGUGCUGGUGCUCAAAAUUUUAAAGAGUGGUACGCAUUUAUUGGUAGACGUGCAGCCCCAAAUCUACCAGGCUCACCUUAUGCCAUUACGUUCAAGUCAAUUGUUCCCGAGCCUUCAGGAAUGAAACCUAUGAAUGUAUCUACAUAUUCAUGUGCUGAUACUUCACUGGGCUGUUCUUGUGGUGAUUGCCCAUCUUCUCCUGUUUGUACCAGUACAGCUCCUCCUCCUCAGCAUAAGAAAUCUUCCUGUUCUGUUAGAAUUGGAUCUAUUAAGGCCAAGUGCAUUGACUUUACUCUAACAAUCCUUUAUAUCGUGUUGGUUUCAAUGUUUUUGGGGUGGGGUCUCUUUCAUCAAAAAAGAGAAAGGAACCAAACUUCUGGAAUGAAACCAAUGCAACAUAGCAUGGAUAUUGGUGACUUCCAUUCUGUUAUUAGGAGGAAGGAUGAGAAUCUCCCCAUGCAGAUGCUUGAAGAUUCUCCACAAACUGGAAACAGGGUUCAGCUUUCAAUUGUGCAAGGAUAUAUGUCGACAUUUUACAGGAGAUAUGGAACAUGGGUUGCUCGACAUCCUGCCCUUGUGUUGAGCAGUUCUGUGGUUGUAGUUCUUCUGCUCUGUUUAGGUCUAAUCCGUUUUAAGGUUGAAACACGACCUGAGAAGCUAUGGGUAGGGCCUGGGAGUAAAGCUGCAGAGGAGAAAAAAUUUUUUGACAGCCACCUAGCUCCUUUUUACAGAAUUGAGCAGCUAAUUCUGGCUACCACACCAAAUGCUGAGGAUGGCAAAUUACCAAGUAUUAUAACAGAGGAAAAUAUAAAGUUACUGUUUGAAGUACAAAAGAAGAUCGAUGGAAUUCGUGCAAAUUAUUCUGGAUCAAAAAUAUCUCUAACUGAUAUCUGUAUGAAACCACUGGACCAAGAUUGUGCAACUCAAAGUGUUCUGCAGUAUUUCCAAAUGGAUCCUCAAAACUAUGACAAUUAUGGGGGAAUUGAGCAUGUGCAUUAUUGUUUGCAGCAUUAUACCUCUGCCGACAAAUGUAUGAGUACCUUUAAAGCCCCUCUUGAUCCAAGCACUGCUUUGGGAGGUUUCUCAGGGAGCAAUUACUCAGAGGCUUCUGCAUUUAUAGUAACUUAUCCAGUAAACAAUGCAGUUGAUAGAGAAGGGAAUAAAAUUGAUAAAGCUGUUGCUUGGGAGAAGGCCUUUAUUCAGUUGGCAAAGGAUGACUUGUUGCCAAUGUUCCAACGGAAAAAUCUUACACUCUCAUUUUCAUCGGAAAGUUCUAUUGAGGAAGAACUAAAAGGAGAAAGUACUGCAGAUGCAAUCACUAUAUUGAUAAGUUAUCUUGUGAUGUUUGCCUACAUCUCUCUUACUCUGGGUGAUACACCUCGUUUGUCUUCGUUUUACAUUUCAUCUAAGGUGUUGCUUGGUCUUUCUGGAGUUCUGCUUGUCAUGCUUUCUGUUCUCGGAUCAGUUGGAUUGUUUAGUGCAAUUGGAGUAAAGUCUACACUAAUCAUCAUGGAAGUCAUUCCUUUUCUUGUGUUAGCAGUAGGGGUGGACAACAUGUGUAUAUUGGUGCAUGCUGUCAAGCGGCAGCCAUUAGAGUUGCCACUAGAAGGACGGAUUAGCAACGCACUUGUGGAAGUUGGACCAUCUAUAACUCUUGCUAGUCUAUCUGAGGUGCUAGCAUUUGCAGUUGGGAGUUUUAUUCCUAUGCCAGCAUGUCGUGUGUUUUCUAUGUUUGCUGCACUAGCCGUUCUUUUGGACUUCCUUCUGCAAGUUACUGCUUUUGUUGCUUUGAUAGUUUUUGACUUUUUAAGGGCAGAGGAUAAGAGGGUUGACUGUGUUCCAUGUCUAAAAAUUUCUUCUUCAUAUGCUGACUCUGAUAAAGGCAUUGGCGGGAGAAGGCCUGGAUUGCUGGCUCGAUAUAUGAAGGUGGUCCAUGCGCCCAUGCUCAGUCUUUGGGGAGUUAAGAUAGUUGUCAUUUUCAUCUUUAUUGGCUUUGCAUUGGCUAGUAUCGCUUUAUCCACUAGGGUUGAACCUGGUUUGGAUCAGAAGAUUGUUCUUCCACGGGACUCUUAUCUUCAGGGCUAUUUUAAUAAUGCUUCAGAGUAUCUCAGAAUUGGUCCUCCCCUGUAUUUUGUUGUGAAGAACUAUAAUUACAGCUCAGAAUCAAGACAUACAAAUCAGUUGUGCUCCAUUAGCCAGUGUAAUUCAGACUCUCUUUUAAAUGAGAUUGCUAGAGCAUCCUUGACGCCUGAGUCCAGCUAUAUUGCUAAGCCUGCUGCUUCAUGGCUUGAUGAUUUUCUUGUAUGGAUAUCUCCAGAAGCUUUUGGUUGCUGUCGGAAGUUCACAAAUGGGAGUUAUUGUCCUCCUGAUGAUCAGCCUCCUUGCUGUUCCUCUGAUUCAGGUUCUUGUGACCCCAGUGGAGUUUGCAAAGAUUGUACCACGUGUUUCCGACAUUCAGAUUUGAAUAAUGAUCGUCCAUCUACAGCACAAUUUAGGGAUAAACUCCCAUGGUUCCUCAAUGCUUUGCCUUCUGCUGAUUGUGCUAAAGGGGGCCAUGGUGCUUACACCAGCAGUGUGGAACUGGAAGGCUAUGAGGAUGGCGUUAUUCAGGCAUCAUCCUUCCGCACAUAUCAUACACCUCUCAACAAACAGAUCGACUAUGUCAAUUCAAUGAAGGCUGCUCAAGAGUUCAGUUCAAGGAUGUCUGACUCUUUAAAGAUGGAGGUGUUCCCUUAUUCAGUGUUUUAUAUGUUUUUUGAACAAUAUCUUGAUAUAUGGAAGACAGCAUUGAUCAACCUGGCUAUUGCAAUUGGUGCAGUAUUUGUUGUUUGUUUAGUUAUCACAUGCAGUUUAUGGAGCUCAGCAAUCAUUUUACUAGUUUUGGCAAUGAUUGUCGUGGAUCUCAUGGGUGUGAUGGCAAUUCUGGAUAUACAACUGAAUGCAGUAUCUGUUGUUAAUCUUGUCAUGUCAGUGGGCAUCUCUGUCGAGUUCUGUGUACAUAUAACACAUGCUUUCUCAGUUACCAGUGGAGACAGAGACCAAAGAGUGAAGGAGGCACUAGGUACAAUGGGGGCUUCAGUCUUCAGUGGAAUCACACUAACAAAGCUAGUCGGUGUGCUCGUUCUGUGCUUCUCUAGGACGGAAAUUUUUGUGGUGUAUUACUUCCAAAUGUAUCUGGCACUGGUGCUUCUCGGUUUCUUGCAUGGGCUUGUAUUCUUACCUGUUGUUUUAAGCAUGUUUGGUCCGCCUUCAAGAUGUAAGCUUGUUGAAAAGACAGAAGAUCGACCAUCAGUUUCGUUGCAGCCAUGAGAAGCUGGAGUUGCUGCACCUUUGGCUCUUUCUGUAUUUUUUUUUUUCCUUCGUAAAAAAAGACUCCUCGAGGUGCUAAAGUUACAUGUAUAAUUAGUGCAAAAAAAGUAUAUAUAUAUAUAGAUAUCGCUUCUGACAUGUAUACAACGUUUGUUUCAAAAUAGAAGAAAAUUGUCGAGUUUCAAAAAAUAAAAAAAGAAUGUAAAGUUAGCUGAUGCAGCUGUGAUUGCCAA